AUGGCCUUGAAGUCGCUGCUGAAGCACCAAUCCACGGUGAAGUGCAUGGCCUGGGACCCGGCCGCUCGCGGAGAGCUGAGCCGUUUGGCCCUGAGCACCUCAGAUCCGGUGCUCUUCUUUUGGUCACCUGGGCAGGCUGAGGCACUGCCUUGCGCGCUGUCGGCGGCCCGGCUGCGCUGGCGAGCGGAUGGGCGCAGCCUUUUGCUCCAAGAGAGGGACCGAUGUUGCGCCUGCCGAUUGGGGAGUGCAGCGCGAAAACUUCCGCGUCCAUGCCGCGUCCGGCGACCGGCGUGGCGGCAUACAGAAGCCUCAAGCGUAACGCACCUUCUUCGGGGGGCUUGCCUGGGUAUGUUGGGGCACCUCACAGACCUCGCCCUCAAAAACUACCUGGUUGAAUGGUUAGUCAUGGUCCGGUUAGUAGAUGAACAUCAGCAGCAGCGUGGACUCUUUUCACGAAAGCUAGCCUCAGCUAGCUGGAGUUACUCUUGCUUUGGCAAGUUGUUGGCUGGGGGAUGGAAUCGCUCACUCAGUGAAUUAUCCACUGCUAGACCUCUCCCCCUCCGCUGGUUCAGAUUUGGGAUUCUGAUAGCAUUCGUUCUGAUAGCAUCAGGCCGCGCAUCCCAGCAGUUUUAA